UUUUUGUGCCGAAAUUUAAACCGUUGUGUACUCAGGCCGCAAAAAAUUGUGGGAUAACUGGAUCCAUAGCACAAAUGUGAUAAUGACAGUUACUGACGAGUAGAUCGCAUCGAGAUCGAAUCAUCAUGUGGUGGAUUUUAUCGAUGAUAUACUCUUUCAUGUAUAAUUCCCUGCUGGAUUUUGUGUUUUUCAUUUUGGUGGAUGUUGUUGCAAAGACACCUUUGCGAGAAGCUACGAAUGAUGAUGAGAAGAGGACAAUUUGGCUGUAUGAAUCUCUCAUCUUGACUGCAGUGUCAAUUGGGAUCUACCUGUUAGACCAUGUGCCCUACCUCCUGCUUCUGCUAACCACCGUCACAUUUAUAUAUACUCAGCUGUAUGGUCGCAUAGACUUCCGAUACUGGUGGAACCUCCUGAAAACACGAUGGGAGGAGUACCAGCAGCACGAGGAGAGCAUGGAACACAUGCGCGAGCAGCUGUCUCGUCAGCGUCACCCUGUGCAGCCCAAUACCACAAUGCCAUUCCCUCCAUACUACCAGCAAGUGCCCCCGGGAGGAAUGGGGGCUUACAGCGCAGCAGGGACCGACCACAGUGCCCAUCUAGUAAGUCAGAAACAGGGACUUAGUCAAAAAGAACCUGAUAGUUGGUUUUGGUCUAGACCCUCCAAAUGGCUUAGCCUAAGACAGAGAGGCCCACAGCCUGUCCCUGACCCUGUAGUCUCUAGGGAGAGUCCAGUGACAUCCAGACAUGGUGUCCCUGUAGUAGGCCUCAAGCUGGAUGACAAUCUACCCCAGAAAGUGGCCUGGUUUGAUGGGAAGGAACUGCGUCGCCGUCCACUCCGCCCAGAAGGUUCAACACAUCUCCCCAAGCCUAUUGCUGGGUCAUCUUUAGCCUCAGGGGCAUAUACAGGAACUUCCACCAUUAAAACUAAAUUUAUGUCAGCUUUUGGACUGAACAGUCAAACGCCCAAACCCCCAGGGUUGAAAAACAAUGGUCAGAAUCUGUGUUUCAUGAACUCCAUUGUGCAGUCUCUAUCUCGAAGUCCUCACCUCGUCACCUACCUCUCAGUAGAUGCUGCCAAGGAACUGGAGUGUGGAGUGGCCGAGUCGCUCCUGCUCACAACCUUUGUAGAACUCCUCCAACAGUGCAGUCUCCCAGUGGGAAGCAACGAUGUCAGUGUUCUUGACCACACUACCUUCAGACAGUCUGUGUCAGCCCUCAACAGCAGCCUGAUGGCUCCUCCAGGACAAGGACAAGUUCAGCAGGACGCAGCUGAGUUUCUCAUGUGGUUGUUGGAGUCGGUGCAUAACAUUCUCAAUAAGAACCGGAAGGCACUGCAGGCUGACAAGACCAAUGGUUCCCGGAGGGGCGAGGAGCGGUUUUCAAGCCCAACAUUGGCAGUACUAAAGUUCAUCUACGGUGACCUCAACUCUCGAACAAUUAUUGACCUUAAAGAUGCAUGUAGACGAGAGAUUGAGCUUGCCAAUGGACUUGAGAAUGACUCUUAUGCUGAGCCGAUACAACGUCUCUCUGACUUGGAGUGGCUUCAGCACAAGCAGGAAAAUGAAUCUAUCAUAGACGAUCUCUUCACUGGGCAGCUAGUCGAGGCCUAUCACUGUCUAACAGACAACCACAUAUCUGUAAACCUUCAAGCUUUCAACAUCCUCCCAGUUCCCAUCGCAGCACCACGGGAAGUGUCGGGGGUGGUGUUUCUCGAAGACUGUUUCACUAGUUUCUGCCAUAUAGAGCAUCUGAUGGGGCCAGAUGAAAUGGACUGCACGUACUGUAGAGCAGACACCAACAAGAGCAAGAAAAAAGGGGAAGAAGAACUAGUGAAUGAUGUGUAUAUGUCCAGCACGCCACGGACUAGAAGUGUAACAAGAAACAUGAGCGUUGACUCGGCAGUUCAAAGUCCAGCUCCUCCACCAGCCUUCAUGUCCCCAAUCGUCGGGCAGAGGGACAUUAUCAAUGAUAGUGGUUUCCAUGACAAUAUCUUCAAAACCUCCACUCCAAUCAUUGAGGCUUGUCAGGGGGUUGGGAAUCAAACUCGGCAGCAUAUUCGAGACGUGCAACGACGGUGCCUUUUAAGACAGUUACCUGAGUGCCUGGCUAUUCAGCUUAUGAGAUUUACGUACAACCAGCGCACUGGAAGGUCCAAGAAGAUUAAAGCUCCUGUUAGCAUUCGAAUCAAAGAUCUCAACCUGACCAACAUCAUCUAUGACACAGUGAGAAGAGAAGAUCUCACAGCCAUCGACCUCAACCACACGUACAACCUCUUCAGUGUCUGUGUCCAUCUCGGUGCUGAAAGCACCAACCAUGGACACUACAUCAGUUACUGUUUGGUAGAUGAUAAAUGGUAUCGGUUUGAUGACGAGAAUGUCGCGGAAGUCAAUAUGGAGUAUGAGCUGACAACGAGAGAACUACGCGAGAAUGCUUAUAUUCUUUUCUACAAGCGAGUUCACAACUAGGCUUUGUUAUUCCUAGUCUAUCUAAUCUCAUAGCGGUAUUGUUGAAGUACCAAACUAUCUAGGGCAGUUUUGGUUACUUGUAUGGGAACCCUUGUGAGGUUGUCCUUAAAACUCUUUCAGAUAACACUCAGAUAUUAGUGGGAUAAUCAUACUGUCAGAUUGUUAGAUUCGGGUUAGACUAAAUAAUUAAACAGGGAAUUUUUUCAUUUCUACUUUCAGUCAAAAAGCUUAAUAAAUCUUGUUAGUUUUCUUCAUAUUGCAAUAUUCAUAAUUGAUUCUUUGUUUUUAACCAUUAUCCGCUAAGCAAAUUGUCUCUAAUAUGUAAAGAAUGUUAAUAAGUAAAUGCUAAUGGAGCUUUUCACAAAAGUCAAAUUUUCUUUUAAUGUUGUAGUAGUGACAAGACACUAGAAGAACAGCUGCAUUGUGAGGAACACUUGGACCAAAAACACCUUGGUAGUCAUUUGUUUUGUUAAUUUAUGGAAAAACUAGUACUGAUAAGUAAAAAAUGGCAAGCCAUUAGUAUUUCCUUGCUGGUAUACACCAAGGCAUAAGUUAUAAGUAUGUAAGUUUGUAAGGCAUCAGAUGCCAGUUUUACAAGGGCAAUCUACAUUGGGGUUGUCUAAGACAUUGUUCCCAUACAAGUAACUUGAGAAUAUGGGCACAGUGAGUGUGCUAUACCUAACAUUGUAACACUGAUAUUGUGAGUGGUCCAUAAAGAGAAUGAAUUCACCAGAACAGCUUUAAGGAUAAAAAACUUUGUUCUCAGUUUAGUGAUUAUGAAAUCCAGUAUUGAUUUUGAUGCAUAAUUUCUUAAAACUGAAGUAAGGCUUCAUGACUAGUCAGGCUGAAUCCAGUGGAAUAUUGCAGGUCGGAGUACGAUUAGAAAAAAGGAGUUAUAACAGUUAAUUAUUUUUGUCUGUCUUGAAGAAAGUUUAAUCUAAUUUUAUACGUAUGAGAGUAAAGAUAACAUAUUUGCUACAUAAGCAUUUAGAGAGAGUGAAAACUGAUUAUUUCUACAACCCAAUCAGAUUUUGUUGAGAAAGUCCAAACUGACGUAGGAUGUUACUGGUAGGGAGUUAUUAUCUCCUUGGAUGGUCAACCUUGGAUAGGUAAAAAUUUCACUCAAAUUCAGCUUGUUAGCAAAUAUAAAAAGAUCAAUGAAAAUAUCAUGAACUUGAUCACUUUUCGUCAAACUUUCAAAGGGUUAACAAAUGCAUACUGAUAGUCAGACACAGGAAAUCAAGUCGGUCUAAUUCUCUUUUAAUACAAAGAUUAAUGAUUUUAUGUACACUUGUACAUUAUCAGUGACAAAAUGAUAGUUAAAAAAAGGAAUUUUCUGCAGUUAGAUAAAAACACCUAAAUUAUUUGAAAUAUAUAGAGUUUGAAAUAUUUGUCUCAGUAAUGAGAGAAAACUUCAACUGGAAAUAUCCAGGUAAUACAUUGUUAUUCAAAUUUAGAUGCUAACUCUUCCUAUGAGUUAGUUAUUUUGCUUAAUAUGGCAGUCAAAAAUUGCAUAGAAUUCAAACUUGAUCACUGACAGAAAUAUUUAUGUCAUUUAAAAGUAAGAUAGAAAUCGUGAGCUGAUUUGACAAUGGCAAAUAAUAGGAUUGAUAUGGAACCAUGAUUGCUUUGACAUGUGUAGUUAAAAUGAAAUAUACAUACCAUCAUAAUUUUAAUUGAGUUUGUCUUGAAUAAAUUAGACUCUUAAAAUGAAUUAACUUGACCUGUCAUUCGAUAAUCUUGGUGUAGUGAUGACAGAUCUAGAAGUGUAAGAAAUGAAAAAAGAACUGUUGUAAAUGAGGCAAGGACAGUUUAAAUAGUUUUAAUUGAAUAUAUUUAUAUUUUAACCCGGUUUGUUUAACAAAAACUUGGCAAUUUUUAACUGUUACGUUGAUGUGUUUUAUGGGUGUACAGCGCCGUUACUGGGAGUCAGUCACUGAAGAGUUAAAUCUUUCAGCUGAGGCUCUCUGUUGGGUCAGCUUCAUGUCUUGUUAUCCAUCGAUUGUGUUACUUUGUGAGACUACGCAUAAAACUGUUUUACAUGGUUUUUAUAUGGUGCUCUGAAUCGUCAAGCAGGCCACUGUACAUUGUUGUAGAAACUAUUUUUGUAAACUUAUUUAAACUUCACUAGCACAUCUGUGAAUAGGCGUGAGAAUAGAAUGUGAAUAGCAAUUGCUUCUGUUGCAUAAUGUUGUGAAUCUGGCUGAUAUUCAAUGAAAAAAGUUGUAUGCAAAUCAAACUGUGCAUUUAUAUAUUUCAUUAUGUCUGGUGCUUAUGACAUGUCUUCUAACAGCCAUGACGAUACCAACUUAUUUAAGUGAUAUUUUAUUAUUUCAUGUCAUAUCAUUCAUCAUGCUCAUCAUCUUGAUCAUUUCUGUGUGUAUUUUCUUUUACUACAUAAAAGAUACAGAAAAGUUGCUAUUUAAAGAACCAAUACUAUAUUCAGCUAUCUAUCAGUUAACUGGGCUAUUCUAUGAACAUCUCCAAGCAAGUAUCACUUAAAUUGUUUUGAGCAUAUUGCAAUGAGAAAGGUGAAUAUUGAAGUAUAUCAGCCACAUGCUUGUUCUUUGUUAUUGUGUAGAAAUAAGGGGUUGAGAGUCACUAAAAACGAAAACAGUGUUUCUCUUCAAAGGUCCGAGAGCACCUGGCUUUGAAGCUGGUGGCAUGAUUUGAGCAAGGAAAGAUAACUCUUCUGCAAAAGACCCUGUUCAUGUCACAUUUAUAAAACUAAUAUAGGAACAAAUUGUUCACAUUGCAUGUAGGUAGGUGCAGGCUACCUUAGUUUCUGGAUCGGGUAAAUAUGUUUUACUCCUGAAUAUACUACCCAGAUCCUUUCCUCCACAUGUAAACUGAUUGUCUGAUACAUUACGUAAAUUCAUAGAACUGAAAUAAUACACAAGACUUAUAGUUUCACUAACGAUGCUGACAAUGACAAGGCAAAACAUUGGACUUGAAUCUAACAUUUGAACAAUUUUGAUUCGUCCACAAAUGAACACCACAAUAUCCAGUUUAGUCAAUAUUCAUUUGUUCCAUGUUAUAAGAGUAACAUUAAUCCUUCACAUUUCCAAUGUAUAAGGAAUCAAAUGUUUGGCCACAUUGAUAAAGUAAAGUUAUAAUAUGCUCACAGACAAAUUUGUGUGCGAUUCGUGUUGACUUAAGCACGGUAUUGGAUAUGAAUUGGCUUGUUAUACCUUCAAGUAUGUUUUGUUUUAAGAUUUCUUUAAUCUCGUCAGCAGAUGCAACGGCUUCCAUUGCCGUUCCAUUGUACAUUGGAUGUUUGGAGCCAGAUGUUUCCAGAUAGUAGAUGUACCUCCAUUGUUAAAGCUCAUUUAUGCAUUGCACAUUGGUUUUGAGUUGUGGAGUUUAGAUCAAAAUAUGACCAGAUGUCUUUUUUUUAAAGUUUCAAUCACUAUGACGGUCACGUAGGUAAGGGAAUUAACUCUGUAAAACAUGUCUUGUAAUAAUACUGUGACUCCUAAAUUUCUACCCGCCAUAGACCUAACUGCAUAUUUUAAAUAACCUACACAAUGGUGAAAAACAAUUUGUGGCUAUAUUCUAUAGCAACAUGUAUUUCAAAACUGUUAGAAGGGAUCUAGCAUUUGGACUUUGGAAAAUUGCUUACUUUGGUCAUGGAAAUGUUAACAGAAUAUUAAUACUUAAAUAAGAGUCUUGUAACUGGUAUCAUGUAAGCUAGGGGUGGAAUGUUUUCUGUAAUUUUGUUCCAUCAAGUUACUGAGUGGUAACAGCAGUAAAAGAAUCUGUUCAUCAUGUCUAGACUGUGCCUUGAACCCCCACCAUUGUUAAUAUUUCUCUUGACCCUCAUUGUAAUAUUCCUGGAAUUGUACCAAGUGACAUAGCUGUACUCAUAUUUGGCUUAUGUACAGGUACAGAUAAAGCUAUUCUUGUUUCCUGUGGUAAUUUGUUGAGAAGCUGUAGAAGCUAGUUAGUCAGUAGCAGGGAUGACAAUUUUCCGCAGAUCCGUGGAAUUCCAUAAGGCCAUGGGUCAUUUUUGUGAAUCGUCUAAAUUCGUUGACAAUUGUAUGAAUGUGCGUCAGCAGAUUUAAAGUUUUUUAAUGGUUGCUGUGUUCAUGAUAUUGUCAUUUCUGAGCCAGUUUUAAAGGUCUAAAAUGCCUAAAUAUCAGGGGUUUCGGCUAGUUUUCAGAGUUUUUCUCAAAACUUCAUUCUCAUCCCUGCAGUAGAAUUCAUAAUACAAACUAAAGCAUAAGUGGAAAUGGGUAUGAGCAUUAAAACAUCCCAGUAUUUGUGUGUAUGCACUGUCCCAAGUUAACAGACAUUAAAGGUCCAGUUUCACUUGCCCAACUAGUCUGGAAUUUGUUCGUGUUUUGACAUUGGUCUGUGCAUAGUCCAAUGAAGAGAGUGUAAUGAAACUGCUCUUCGGUUCGUAGACUGCCUUGCAGAUUUUGAUA